AUGCCCUCAGGACGCUCCCAGGACGCCCCCAGGACGCCCUCAGGACGCUCCCAGGACGCCCUCAGCUCCCCCCCCCCCGCAGAACGCUCCCAGGAUGCCCUCAGGACGCCCUUAGGACGCCCUCAGGACGCUCCCAGGACGCUCCCAGGACGCCCUCAGGACGCACCCCAGAACGCCCUCAGAACGCUCCCAGAACGCCAGCAGGACGCCCCCAGGACGCCCCCAGGACGCCCUGCAUAUUCUAACAUAGCAGGUGUGGAGACACCUGGGCGGUAUAAACCUGCCAGUCCCACCAAGCCAGGAGUGCCACACACCUGCCUAUGCCAUCAAGUCAGGAGUGCAACACCUGCCAGUGCCAUCAAGCCAGGAGUGCAACACCUGCCAGUGCCAUCAAGCCAGGAGUGCCACACACCUGCCAGUGCCAUCAAGCCAGGAGUGCCACACCUGCCAGUGCCAUCAAGCCAGGAGUGCAACACCUGCCAGUGUCAUCAAGCUAGGAGUGCCACACACCUGCCAGUGCCACACCUGCCAGUACCAUCAAGCCAGGAGUGCCACACCUGCCAGUACCAUCAAGCCAGGAGUGCCACACCUGCCAGUGCCACACCUGCCAGUACCAUCAAGCCAGGAGUGCCACACACCUGCCAGUGCCAUCAAACAAUGAGUACCACACCUGCCAGUGCCAUCAAGCCAGGAGUGCCACACACCUGCCAGUGCCAUCAAACAAUGAGUACCACACCUGCCAGUGCCAUCAAGCCAGGAGUGCCACACACCUGCCAGUGCCAUCAAGCCAGGAGUGCCACACCUGCCAGUGCCAUCAAGCCAGGAGUGCCACAGCAGAGCGCUUGA